UGCUCUCCCUCCCUCUCUCUCUCUCCCCCAUUCCUUUGCUGCUCCCCUGUUUUCUGCUGUGUUUAAUCAUCCUCUCUUCAGAGCCACCUCGCUCCCACUCCCAACCAGGAUCUACAGAACUCUUAAAGGAUCUGCAAACCUGUUAAGGAAAUGGCAUCCAAGCAGCGCAUGGGCUACAGGUGUUGCAUAGCAGGAGUGGUGCUUCUGCUGUUGGCCAGUAUUGCUGCCCUCAUCGCUGUUGCUGUCAUCCAGGACACCUGGGCUUUGAAAGAGUACAGCGUAGAGUAUGGCAUAGUGAUAGACUCGGGUUCAUCUCGUUCCAAUGUGUACCUGUACCAGUGGCCCGGGGAGAAGCAAAAUGAAACAGGAGUGGUGACUGAAGUAAUGAACUGCAGAGUUGCCGGUGAUGGUAUCUCAGAGAUGAGAGUUGACCCUCAGAAAGAUGCUGAAUCAUGGAAAGCAUUCAAUGUCUGCAUGGACAAAAUCGUCAGAGUCAUUCCUGCCAAAAAACACAAGACCACACCCCUCUUUUUAGGGGCUACAGCUGGAAUGAGACUGCUACAAGAGAAGGAUGAACAAAGAUCCAAUGAAAUCCUGGCAAGUCUCAGAGAAUACCUGAGUUCUUUGCCCUUCUCCUUCCAAAAUGCCUCCAUCAUCAGUGGUCAAGAAGAAGGGCUGUAUGGGUGGAUCACUGUCAACUACCUCAAUGGAAACUUCCUAGAGAAGAACCUGUGGAACACCUACGUACGGCCAGAAGGGGGAAAGACAGUAGGAUCCAUGGACCUUGGUGGAGCGUCAACCCAGAUCGCCUUUGUAGUCCAGGAUGAUCUCAGAGGGCCUGACUACAUGCAUGUCAAACUGUACGGUUACCCUUACAACGUCUACACACACAGUUUCCUCUGCUAUGGCAAGAAUGAGGCUGAGAAGAGGGUUCUGGACAAAAUCGUACAGGCAUCAUCUGACCCUGCUUACAUUAUAAACCCGUGCUAUCCUGAAGGCUUCAACAUCACUCUAAAGGCCUCAACCAUUUAUGACACGGAGUGCACAAAGAAGCCAGAAAAGUACAACCCAGAUCAAAACCUCUUCAUGGUGGGAGACCCUGACUCAGACAAGUGCGGUAGCAUAGUGAAGUCCAUAUUUGAUUUCAAGACUUGUACUUCAUCCCAGUGUUCCUUCAACGGGGUUCAGCAGCCACCAGUCGCUGGAGAGUUUAUGGCAUAUGCUGGAUUCUUCUUCACUGCUAGAGCUCUGCUACUGAAUGGCACAUCAGAUCUUGAUCAGUUCAACUCGUCAGUCAGGAAACACUGCCACACACAUUGGACAGUGCUGAAGCAAGAAAAGCCCUGGAUCUCUGACAAAUACCUUAAGACUUACUGUUUUGGAGCUCACUACGUCUUCACUUUGCUGGCAGAUGGAUACAAGUUUGACAAAGAGACGUGGAAAAGCAUUCACUUUGAGAGAGAGGUAAAGGAAACCAGCAUAGGCUGGAGUUUGGGCUACAUGCUGAGUAUGUCCAACAUGAUCCCGUCUGAAGUGAAAGAAAUCCCCCCCAUGGCAGACCCUGUCUUUGCCGGCCUUAUCUAUCUAUUUUCAUCACUAACCAUUGUAACUGUUGUCUUAGUUUUCAUCAUCCUCAUUCGCACCUGCUUCUGAGAUUAUCAGUUACUAAAGGGAGUGAUCUGCCAUUGGAAGCCUUGGGGGCUGCUGUAAGUAAGUGGAGAGCACUACAGCAGCAUGUGCCAAGGUACUUACAAAGAAAACUGUUUUAUUUUGGGGGUUUUUUUUCAGCUUGAGCCAUUUACUGCCAUCUGUCAAUUUUCAUUGAAAACUGAAAAGCCUUAACGUUAAAACCUGCCACUGUGUGUCCAUUUAUGGUCUUUCUAGUCCUUGAGCUAGCCUGUGGGUUGAUUUGAAGGCAGCUGGACUUCUUGUUCGAAGCAUUUAAGACGUUUCACCUCUCAUCCGAGAAGCUUCCUCAGUUCUGAAGACUGGUUUGAAAGGCCAAACAUUUAAACCUAUUCCUUUCCCUAGUGGGCGGUCCACUCAGGACAAUCGAAACAGCUUGGUGGGGCCGUCAUCUACUCUGGGCCAUGUGUUUGUGGAAUGGCUGUUUAGUCUCACCUAUGUAUAGGUCAGAGCGCACUUCGCUUCACUUGACAGCAUAGACCACGUCACAGUUUGUUUUUGGUAGUUUUGUCUUUGCGGUGAACCAGUUUUUAUCACAGGGUGUUACAAGGCCUAAAACGGGAUGUCAUGUUUGAAGAACAUCCUCCUGACUUUCUCUCACUCCCCUGUCACAUACAGAACAACAUUUUUGCAUUGGUUUGUGUUUUUUUUUUCCCUGUUGGUGUUUCCUCUUGGGACUUUAGUGGAUAAGGUAAAGGUGAAACAUCUUCAAAGUUUCAAACAAGAAGUCCAGCGGCCUUCAAAUCAACCCAAAGGAUAACUAUGACCUGGAUGAAUGAGAACCUACACAGACAUGUCCUUGAACUCGGUUCAGAUGUGGGACUGGUUUCACAGAAAUAGUAUAAAACAGCUCUAAAAACUAUCACUUCAUUUUAUACCUCAGGGAAACUCACAUAGAUUUAAAUAUGUAUUUAGUUGACAGUGCUCUUUUUCAAGCUCCACUAAAGGGAAACAUUGCUGUUUUACAGGGAAAAAGUUGACACAGUGGUUGCCUGAAUGGCUCACAAAUGAUGAAGGAGCACCCAGAAGUGUCCAUGUGCUCAUUCUCGUUGCACAUUGUGUAAUCUUACAAUUGUAUAAUCUUAAAAUGAGAUUCUAUACGUGCAUUCACACUUGUAUGCUCACAUUCACACAUGGACCCCUCAUGCAAAAGCAUGAUAUAUUCACUCUGCUACUGAUUAUGUUUUGUUUCCUGUAUUAUACGUGUAGUUGCACUGAAUGCAUUAGUUUACAUACAAAAUGGCAGCACUUAGCCACAGCUUUAUUAUUGUGUUUUAUACCAUGUUUCUGAAACUAUAACUAAACAACAAUAUUCCACAUUUAGUGAAUGAAAACCUUCCUUAUAAAUAAUAUAAUGAAUAUGAAUUUUGACAUUGUUUUCUUAGGAUUUUGCAAACUAAAUACAUGUUAUAUGAAGUCAUUAAGUUUUAUGUAGUCUAUCUGCAAACAAUUAAUAGAUUUAAGCACUAGAUAAAAAUUAAUUUCCGGGUUUGGCACAGCAGCCAAGCAGCAACAGAAAAUGACUUAGUGCUGCAACUGUUCUACAUGUUGCUUUUUCCUAUUAAAUGCAGUACAUCAUAUUCAGAUGCUAACCUGGUGCUGUUCCACCCCUGGGAUUGUUUUCAUUCUGUGCUUAAAGAACAGAUUAUUGUUGGAUAAAUAUACAUAACUGAUUAAUUCAGUACAAUAAAUUCCAUCAGUGGAGUGGCUACUAUGCCAGAGAAUUAAACAAAGUAUAACUGACAACUGAGUCAUGUCCAAUUUUCAGUGUAAUCUAUACACAGUGCUUACAUAAUAUGAAAUUUGUCUGUUUAUGUCAAUAUGUAGCCUUUCAUGAGAGAUUAAAUCAGAAAAUUAAUCUGCAAAUACAAAGGUUGACGACAACAUAUCAAUUUGAUUUUUUUUGGUAUUGAUUUGCCAAUUUUCGAGAUGAGCCCCAGUCCUGAGUCUAAAUGGUAAAGGCUUAGCUAAGAGGGAGCAAUGAAUCUGAAUGAUUGAGCUGUAUGUACAUCCAAAGUUUUUCAAGUAUCAAAAAAGCAGCAUGGGUGUGUGAGUGUGUAUCUUUUGCCAUUCUGUAUACAUCAUGCUCUAUUUGAGAAGUUUUCAGUGAUACUGUACUCUUUGCACUAGAAAGGAUGGGAAGAUAUGCAUGACUGUAAACUAUCCAAAAGGAUGGAUCCUAGAUAAAAAAGACAUUUAUAAGUAGUUCAACAGGAGAUCAAUCUGCAACAGAUAUAUACAGAUAGAUCUCCUGUUGAAGGACUUUAUUUGCUGUUGGGAUGUUUAAAGAACAAGGCACACCAGCAGGAGAUGCAUGACAACUGAGCAGAUGGUGGUGUGGAUCCAAGCAGUGUCCUCACGUAAAGUUGCUAAACGUCACAACAGCAAACAAAAUCCUUCAACAGGAACUAUUUGGUUUGCGGCUCUAUCUUUUUUUCAAAUGCUAUCGUCAACUACUGCAGGAUAUGCAUGAUUCUCAUUUGAUGCACUGAUUGUUAUCUGUUUUACAUAAUUCUCUCCAAACAGUAAAUAAUAAACAUAUCUACUAACUGCACAUUUUGUGGCUGCUGCAUCAUAACACACCUUACAGAUGUAAUUACUGACCUUACAGAGCCUGACUGAUACAGGAAUUUUAAGGCCAAUGCUGAUACAGAAUUUGUGGAGUAAAAAAAUUUGAAUAGACAUAUCAACCAAUACUCUUUAUACAUGAUGGGGUUGUUAUUUAUUAACUUUUCAGCUAUGUCUUUCACAAGCUAUUUAGCAACUUUAGCAACUUUAACAAGCUAUUUAGCAAAAGUGGGGUCAGAGCAUGCUCUGCUGGACAAACUAUGUAAUGACCGAAUUUCUAAAUUACACCAAGCAUCUUUUUCUGCAUUUUCUGCAUUGUGCAAAAAUAUUUUCUGUAAAAAUAUUUUUCAAAUCUGCACAUAUCGUAUAUCAUAUACAGAGAUACCGAUAUAUCUGUUCAAGGUCUGUCAAUCUGUCAAUAUCAGCUGAUAAAAUCUAUCAGUCAGACUCUAUAAUAAUUACGCCUGUUUGAAUCUAAAUGCCUCCUUGUUUUAUAUCUGACGAACUGUAAAAUCCCUGUUGACAUGCUGAGGAUCUACACAAACACACACUAACACAAUCAGCUCUAACACAAUCAGCUCCUUGUCAACCCUUCACUUUAGCUGUGUACAGCAGUGCACUCCAGUGGUCGUGUCGUGUACUUGCUGAAUGUGCAAGAUAAGUGUUGACUGUUUGAAAUUUUUUUUUUUUUAUUGAAAGAGUUGUCUAAAAAGAAAACAAAAAGAAAAGAGACAUUUGGAACUACAGCAAUAUCCACUGGUUCUACAGACACUCUCAGAAUCACAAUUUGAAAGACAUGGGAGGCAUGUGACCAAGCAAA